AUGAAUAAUCAUUAUUUCAAUGAUUCAAUGAAACAAUUGAAUUUAAAUACAAAUCCAUUGAAUAUAACAUCGAACUGUUCAAAUUUAUAUCCUCAUAAUAAUAAUAAUAAUAAUAAUAAUACUGUUGAUCAUCAAUAUUCUCAUGAACAUGUUCAUGGGAAUGAAUUGAAUCAUUCAUAUGUUGAUUCAAUGUUUCAACAAAUAUCAACCCCAUAUGAAUUAUUUUAUCCAACUAUUUAUACUAAUUUAAUGACAUCAUAUGAUUUGAAUAAAAAUGAGAAUAGUACAAUGAAUACUACUACUACUACUACUACAACCACUACUAACAUGAAUAAUAGUAGUAGUAGUCAUUGUAAUUAUCAAUAUUUUAAUAAUACACUUCAUUAUUAAAAGUAUAAAAUAUCAGAUCUAUUGAUAAGUAGAAAGAAUUUUAUUGAACAAGUGACGAUAUCAUUGUCGUCAUCAUCAUCAACUUCAUCAUUGGUCGUACUGAUGAUAAUAAUCGCUUAUAAAGAACAAAAUAUAUAAUGAAUGCUCAAUCAGUAAUGAUGAAACAUUAUUGGGAUAAUUGUGAAUAUAUUGAGUUAUUGUAUACAAUGUUACACAUUUUUUGACUAUGGAUACGUAUAGAAUAAAUAAGUUUACCGUAAUUUCAACUUAGUAUAUUUGUGUAUAUGUGUGAUUGGAAGGAAAUGGGAUUGUAUAAUUAUCAACAAAUUCUACCUUCAUCAAAAAUGUUGUAUUAUUUUUCUUUCUAAGUGUAGACAUUAUCAGAAUGAUAAAUUCAGUAUGUAACAUAUUUUCUGCUGUGUACAACGAAAUUAAAAUAGUUUAUUUUUUCUUCUUCGUCUCUCUCUCUCUCUCUCAAUUUACGUGUAUAUCAGUAACCUUAAACCUGUAUAAACACUUAAGUUGAAUAAUAUUCAUUACAAUACAAUAUUUUUUGGAGUUCUAGUGAGAAGCCGUGAC